UUUUAAAUUAUCAAAAUACCUACUAAAAUAUAUGAAUGAUUUGAAUAAAAUAUAGUCAUACGAUCUUAUCUCUUUUUUUCAAUGGGAUAUUAGCGUAUAGUGCUGUUUAGAUAUUUUAAAUUGGUAUGGUACAAGCAUAACUUAAGUAUUAUCAGAUAUACAUUUUAUACAACUUGGAAGAUAUUAUUUAUUUUGUCAUCAUAACAAAAUUGAACAAACAUGCACGAGGCGUAUGAGGUAACUCACCUGCUUAAUGCAUCUGUUCAAAUAGAAACUAUAGCUGCAUAUGAUGGAAAUCUCUUCUUGGGUACACGACAAGGGCAUCUUUUGAUGUACUCAUUAUCAGUUAAUAAUGAUAGUAAAAAAUAUGAACUUAAAAUGCUCCGAUACUGUAAAAAUUUUAGUAAGAAACCAAUACAACAAAUUGAAAUUAUACCAGAGGACAAAUUAUUACUGUGUCUAACAGAUAAUUUGCUUUCAUCUUAUGAUAUAAAUGGUGUCAAUUUUCCUUUAGUGAAGACAUUUUCGGACACUAAAGGAGCUUCUUUAUUUGCACUUGAUAACAAGUCGGCAACAUCUUUGACUGGUGAAUCUAAUUCAGUUGUUCACUUGUGUGUGGCUGUGAGAAGAAAAUUGCAACUUUACUAUGGAAAAAAUGGUGAAUUCAAGAAACAUCUGUUUGACUUUACCAUACCAGAUGUACCUAAGGUGAUGGCCUGGGGCCAGCAGUAUUUGUGCGUUGGAUUUAAAGGCGAAUACACAUUUUUUGAUCUAUCAUCACACAAUCCAAAAGAACUUUUUCCAACAAGUAGUUCAAAAUCCUUAGAGCCUACCAUUGCCAAAUAUACAGAGACAUCAUUCCUUCUGGGCAGAGACAAUACUUCUGUUCUUGUAGAAGAAGCAAAAGAGGAAGCUAUAGAAAUAAAGAAAACUAUAAAGUGGACUGAUGCCCCUAUUGGUGUUGUGUGGGAUGAACCCUUUAUCUUGGGCUUGUUACAAGAUAAUGUGGUUGUUCAGACUGUUGAGCCACCAUUAUUCAUUCAAACAUUACCUGAUUUGAACAAGGCAAGACUGAUGUAUAGAUAUAAGCGAGGUUUAAUAUUCGUGUCUUCAGUGGGACAAGUGUGGUGUUUGAGCGCCGUGGAUGUAACCAUUCAGAGACAACAACUGCUCAAGGAUAAACACUUUCAGAUAGCUAUCGAUUUAACGAAUUUAUCAGAAUGUUCACCAGAAGAAAAGAAGCAAACCAUACAUUCCAUACAAAUGCUAUUCGCCUUGGAGCUAUUCGACAAUAAAGAAUACUCGCAAUCAAUGAAAGAAUUUAUUAAAUUAAACACAGAUCCAGCAGAUGUGAUAAAACUAUUCCCAGAGUUAGAUAAUAAAUCUGGAUCGGAAACCAAAGAGAAGAAACUAAAGGGGAAAGAUCUCGAAAACGCUUUAAACGCGUUGAUAGAAUAUUUAGUGGAGUUAAGGUCGAAGAUAGGGAAGAAUUCGGACGCUAGCGGGAGUAAAGAUGAAACUUCUAGUCAACGGAAUGUCGCACAGCAGUUGGAGCUUAUCGAUACUACGCUUUUGAAAUGCUAUUUACAGACUAAUGACGCGUUCGUUGCGCCUUUAUUGCGUUUAAAUAAUUGUCGAUUAGAAGAAGCAGAAAAGACAUUGCUCCAGCAUGGAAAACAUAGUGAACUCAUUAUAUUGUACCAGACUAAAGGACAGCAUACAAAAGCAUUGCAAUUAUUACGUGAACAGGCUAAACAACCAGAUUCUAGUUUAAAAGGAUAUCAUAGGACGAAGAAUUAUUUACAACAUUUAGGCGCAGAGCACAUAAAUCUAAUAUUCAAAUUCUCCGACUGGAUAUUGAAAGAGCAUCCCGAAGAGGGUCUCAAAAUAUUCACGGAAGACAUUGUCGAAGUGGAGAACUUGCCCCGUCCGAGAGUUCUAGACUUUUUGCUUCGAGAACACGAACAACUAGUCAUACCUUAUCUAGAACAUGUCAUACAUACGUGGAAUGACACAAAUGCAAUAUUCCAUGACGCCUUAAUUGGCAUGUAUAGAGAGAAAAUCACGGAUAAAAAAGCUAAUUCGACUGAAGAGGAAUUGCAGCAUAUAAAGGCGAAAUUGGUUGCGUUUUUGGAGAAAUCAUUCAAUUAUACGCCAGAAAGAGUUAUAUUACACUUUCCUAAUGAUACACUGUUCGAAGAGAGAGCUAUUAUUCUGGGAAAGCUCGGGAGGCACGAACAGGCGUUAGCCAUUUAUGUGCAAAUACUUGGUGACGUCGAACGUGCAAUACGCUACUGUGAUAAUGUAUGGGAGAGAUCGAACGAUAAGAAUUUAGACGUAUAUGUUAUACUAAUGAGGAUAUUAAUGAACCCCGAACAAACUACGCCGCUAACCGGACCGCUGGCCAAUGUAACUAGACACCCGAAUGCGUCCGUACCCGACUUGGAGACAGCUCUGGGUAUAUUGGAGAAACAUGCUGAUAAAAUAUCACCGAUUAAGGCAUUAUCAGUAUUACCCGAUGGAGUGCCUUUGGGCAGACUAAAGAGUUUCUUAGAAAGUGCUUUAGACAGUCAACUAACGUUAAAACGUAGGACACAAGUACUCAAAGGAUUGUUGUACGCUGAACACACACAGGUACAAGAAAUGAAACAAUACCACGAGUCGAAAAGCAUAGUAAUCAACGACUACAACGUAUGCCCCGUUUGUAAGAAACGGUUCGGCAACCAAAGCGCGUUCGUGCGCUAUCCCAAUGGCGAUAUUGUGCACUAUUCCUGUAGACUUGAUAAAUAAUAUUUUAGCACGAAUUUUAUAUUUAUUUAUAGGAUUUAUAUUAUUAGGAAAAAUAUUAUCGACUGCAGGCAUUCGUUUACUACUAUGGUCGAUAAAGGGCUUCAAAAUUAGUAAUUGACAAUACAUUUUCAAUCUCAAUCAUUUAAUUAUUCAAUUAUACUUCUUUUGAAUCAUCAAUCCUUAUUUAUAAAAUUCAACCUUAUUA